AUGGAGCAAGAAGAAAUUCAGGUAGAGAAAAAUUUCCCUCUCUUCUUUAAACCAUCAAAAACCCAUAAACCCCUUCAAACCAUUAAACCACCAAAAGCUCCUAAAACCCAAAACCGUAAGAAUGACUUAGAAACCCCAAAAAUCGAAAAGGAAAAAUCCACAAACUCCAUCACCAUGGACGAGACAAGUUUAUUUUCUAAUCUGGGUCUCGCCGAAUGGGCAGUUCGAACCUGCAAAGAACUCGGUAUGAAGCGGCCAACACCAGUCCAAGCUCACUGCAUCCCCAAAAUUCUAGAGGGUAAGGAUGUGUUAGGGCUUGCACAGACUGGUAGUGGUAAAACGGCGACGUUUGCUUUGCCAAUACUGCACCGCCUGGCAGAGGACCCAUAUGGGAUUUUCGCGCUGGUGAUUACGCCAACUAGAGAAUUAGCUUAUCAAUUGGCUGAACAGUUCCGUGCUUUGGGUUCUUGCUUGAAUUUGAGGUGUGCUGUGGUUGUUGGGGGUAUGGAUAAGUUGACUCAAGCCAAAACUUUGAUGGCUAGACCUCAUGUUGUUAUUGCUACUCCUGGGAGAGUUAAGGUUUUAUUGGAGGACAAUCCUGAUAUUCCUUCUGUUUUUUCUAAAACUAAGUUCCUAGUUUUGGAUGAAGCUGAUAGAGUUCUGGAUGUUGGGUUCGAAGACGAACUGCGAGUGGUGUUUCAGUGCUUACCAAAAAACCGUCAGACUCUAUUGUUCUCUGCAACAAUGACCAGUAAUUUGGAAUCGCUACUUGAGGUUUCUGCAAAUAAGGCAUACUUCUAUGAGGCCUAUGAAGGCUUCAAGACAGUCGAUACUCUUAAACAGCAGUAUGCUUUAGUCCCUAAGAAUGUGAAGGAUGUUUAUCUUGUAUAUAUUUUGUCAAAAAUGGAAGACAUGGGUAUUCGAUCUGCCAUUAUUUUUGUUUCCACCUGCAGAACUUGUUAUCUUUUGAGUUUAUUACUGGAAGAGCUUGAAAAGGAACCAGCAGCAUUACAUUCAUUCAAGUCCCAGUCUCUGAGACUUUCUGCGCUGCGUCGAUUCAAAUCUGGACAAGCUUCUAUACUUAUUGCAACUGAUGUUGCCAGUCGGGGUUUAGACAUUCCUACUGUUGAUCUUGUUGUCAAUUAUGAUCUUCCAAGGUAUCCUAGAGAUUAUGUUCAUCGUGUGGGGCGUACUGCCAGAGCAGGCCGAGGUGGGCUGGCUAUGAGUUUUAUUUCCCAGAAUGAUUUUGUUCUCAUUCGUGAGAUAGAAGCUGUUCUCGGAAAACAAUUGGGGGAAUUUGAAUGUAAAGAGAAUGAGGUCCUUUCAGAUAUUACCAAGAUUUUCAAAGCUAGACAUGUGGCAACAAUGAAGAUGUUGGAUGAUGGCUUUGAGGAGAAAGAGAAAGAAAGGAAAAAACAAAAACUGAAAACAAUGGCAGAGAAAGGAUUGUUGAAGAAGAAGAAGAUGUUCAAUAACAGAAAGAGAAAGAGACAAAAGUCUGCAGAAUAGUUGACUUUGACUGUUUAUUCAAUCAUAUCAUUAUUUGCUCUCUUUCCGUCUGUCUCUUCCUCUCCAGUAGGUUUCUGUGGAGUGAAAAUGAAUUGAGACAAUUUUGUUUUUUGUUCAUUCGCUCUUGAAAAAUAUAUGACAAGUCUUUUGUUUUUCUUUUUAAUUAGGUUAAUUCUUUGUUUUAUGACUUAUUCAAUUUUGUUACAUUAAGAACCUUUUUUGGCGUAAUACAAAACCUAGACAGUAAAGUUUUGGUUA